CGCGGAUGAACACUAAUUGCACUGACAAGAGUUGCAGGCACCUUGUGUUGUAGCCAGUUCGAUCCCACGUACAAUACUGUUGAGAGUCUGGUGGAAUAAUUUUGGUGUUGCUGUUCGGAUUAUAGUACUCGGAGAGGCAGUGAAAUGCUGUUUUCCUCGCUGUCUUUUGCAAAUGUGCUGUACAUGUGGGUAAUCUGUAAGCGAUACGCAUAGGCACUAAGAAAGGGUUUUCAAACGGUCAAACAGAAACUUGUUCCUUGCAGAAACCUGACUAAUUAGUGUACAGAAUGUACUAAAAUAGCGACAGCUGGUAUAAACCUCAGUACACAUGCUCCCGAAACCUGACACUGCUGGCAGUUCAUCUUACAAGUCCUCUGCUGACCUAAAAAGUUCCGACUUCACAAACGAUUAAAAGUGAGCGGUUUUUGCACUUCUGUGCGGAUAGCAUCUGUUGUGAUCACGUGCGGCCAAGUUCCGUGCACGCCUUCUAUUCCCUAGGACGUGUCACCCUUGCACUCUGUCAUGUGCUUUCCUAUGGCAGCGAUAAUCAGACGUCCCCAUCGCGCAAGCAGAUCACGAUGCCACCGGUGGGCAAAAGACUCCGAAGACCCAAACUGGACAGGCAGUUUCUGAGAAGAUUUUGCAACAUUCAAAAAAUACUUUUUCCAUCAUGGACGUCUCAAAAUGUGCUGAUGUUUGCAACUCUCCUCUUUGUUACUUUAUCUGAACAGAUGAUUAUUUACCAGGUGGGAAUAAUUCCAAGCAAGUUUUAUGGAGUCCUGGCUAACAAGGAUUUUGCUGGAUUUAAGAAUUUGACUCUGUUUGCUGUGCUCCUCAUUUUUAUGAAUUCAACUCUCAAAAGCAUGGAUCAGUACAUUUCCAAUCUGAUGUAUGUCAGCUGGCGGAAGAGUCUAACCGAAUGUCUUCAUCGGCAUUAUUUUCAGGAUCGAGUUUACUACACACUCAAUGUUCUGCACAAAGACAUUGAUAACCCAGACCAGAGAAUAAGUCAGGAUGUGGAACGCUUUUGCAAACAACUGAGCACGAUGGCUAGUAGGCUGAUCAUCUCACCCUUCACACUGGCAUACUAUACGUUUCAGUGUUUUUAUAGUUCAGGCUGGAUGGGUCCAGUUAGUAUUUUCUUCUAUUUUGUCAUUGGGUCCAUAGUGAACAAGGUAUUGAUGGGACCAAUUGUGCACACAUUAGUACUUCAAGAAAAACUGGAAGGAGACUUCAGGUUUAAGCAUAUGCAGAUCCGGGUCAAUGCAGAAUCGGCAGCCUUUUACAGGGCUGGAAAAGUAGAACAUAUGAGGACCAACAGGCGGCUUGGAUCCCUCCUGGAAACGCAAAAAAAUCUAAUGACAAAGGAGCUUUGGCUGUGCAUUGGAGUAAACACAUUUGAUUAUUUCGGAAGUAUUCUGAGUUACAUGGUUAUUGCUAUUCCAAUAUUUGCUGGGGUCUAUGAUGCCCUUACUCCUGGAGAGCUCAGCAGUUUAAUUAGCAAGAAUGCUUUUGUCUCCAUCUACCUCAUUAACUGUUUCAGUCAACUGAUUGAUUUGUCUUCUACAGUAUCAGAUGUCGCUGGCUACACACACAGGAUUGGAGAGCUUCAUGAAACUAUGCAGAAACUUGAAAGGAAGCAUUGUGACUCCUCAGGAGGUGGCUAUGACUUAAAUAGUGACUUGGAGGUGUCAAACACUCCUGUAGACAUUGCUUUCAUCCUUCAGAAACUGUCAUACAAAUCCCCCUGCUCCGAUGAGCCGCUAGUAAAAGACCUGACUCUGAAAAUUGUCCAUGGAACCAACAUUCUGGUGGUGGGCAAUACGGGCACUGGGAAGACAUCCUUGUUGCGAGUUCUGAAUAAACUAUGGGACUGCACUAGUGGGUCAUUUCAGAUGCUGUCCUCUUUUGGACCUCAUGGAAUUUUAUUCCUGCCCCAGAAACCAUAUUUUACAGAUGGGACACUACGAGAACAGGUCAUAUAUCCAUUGAAGAAUGUAUAUCCUGUGUCAGGUUCCAUCGAUGAUGCAAGAAUUAUACGUUUUUUGGAGGUUGCUGGCGUGGAUAACCUUUUAAAAAGAACAGGAGGACUGGACCAAGUAGUUGACUGGAACUGGUAUGACAUGCUGUCUCCAGGAGAAAUGCAGAGGCUGUCUUUUGCUAGACUGUUUUAUCUGCAGCCCAGAUUUGCAGUCCUUGAUGAGGCAACAAGUGCUUUGACAGAGGAGGCAGAAGAGCACUUGUAUAGAGCCUGUAUUCAGCUUGGAAUGACCUUAAUCAGUCUUGGCCACCGCAGCAGCCUGAAAAAGUUUCAUGACUUGAUGUUGAAGCUCUGUGGUAAUGGAGAAUGGCAGCUUAAGAAAAUUGAAAAGGACUCAAGCUAACAUCUUUUCUAACACCCUGCACUACCUGUUCAGAAAACCUUCGGAUGCUGAAACAACUGUGUUGUCUUUGAGGUGCCAUACUAUAUAUUGUCAUACAAACCAGGAGAUUUUAAAACUCCUGCAGUGAUAUUUUCUACACAAAAGUUAUUCCAUAUUGAGCACAGUUUCAGUGCCACAUUUUAACUGAAAGAAAUUAAUGAUCUGUAACUUCUUCAGGCUGGCCUGGAAAUUGAAGAUUGUGUAUACAGGUUUGCUCAGCACUGCAUACUCAAGAAAAAUGUGACUGCUCAUGACAUUGCAGAAUACACUACAGUCUGUACAUACUGUCGCACAGCAAUCGCAUUUAAACAGAAAAGAGAUUUUUCUUUCAUUAACAGCUGUGCAUCAAAGAACAAGAUCUUAGGUGCAUAAAUCAACUGGAAAUUCUGAGACUAUGUGAUAAACUAAAUGGAAAAGAAACAAGAAUAGAAUCCAAAGGGAGACUCAAAAUCCAGUAGCCCAAGUUUUAAUUUUAGACAUUUGGUAUUCUAAGAUAGCUUUUACUGGAUAAGUGAACAUUGCAAGGAAAUUUCUCUUGUUUCCCUGUGUAGUAAAGCUGAAUCUAAUGGGAUAUGUUUGGUGAUCUUUUAUACUUGAUGUGGCCAUCCUAACUGAGGCUCUUAACUGGGAGAGAUUGACUGAGCUGAGCAUGGCGUGAUUCAGUGUGGCUGCCUAGUCUGGGGCCAGAUUGCCCUGUAUCAUGAGUGUUUUUAAAAAUUUUAAUAUACCAAAAACAUAAAGCAAACGCAAUAUAUUUUGGUGAUGUGAAUAUGUUCCAACAUGACUGGUCCAGAGAAUGUUUUGAAAACUGUAAUACCUGUGUUAACAUGGUUGUCUUGGAAUACACAUGAGUGGAUCAAUGGAGUAAAUCAUGCACUGUUUAUUCUCAUCUCAGGUGUAGAAGCAUAAGACAUCAGCAAUAGUACUAUAUGCUUCUGAAGAGGGGCAGUGUCUCACAAAGCUUAUAUAGUUACAGCAAGUAUAGUAUGGGUGAGGGGAACUUGUUUUAGUUUAAAGUAGAUGUUGAAAUUGAAGAAACACAGGCUGUCUGUCUACUGAUCAUAUGGAGUAGACCUUUCAGGUACAUUUUAAUAUUUUUAAUUAAAAAUAAAAACACUGUACAUUCUUCCCUGUUCUGACCCUCAUUUCCAUGUCCUUCCAUGCUGCACCUAUACACGUAUACAUAUAUUUAUUCAACAUGGUGCACAGUAUUGGAGCAUCCCUGGUCAUAAAUAAACACUUUACAUUUGCUAGAUACAUUUGGAAUACAAGUCACCAACAACUACUGAAUUCAGUGUUAAAAUUAGGGAUAUGAUAAUCUUUUAAUAAUUAGCAUUUGAUUCAGCUGAGGCUUAUUUUUUAAGCCUGGGAAUGAAACGGGAUGUUACUUUCAUUUAAUGAUGUCUCACAGGACCUACACAGGCAAUGGUCUCAUCUUUGUUACCUCAUAGUGACAAAUCCUACUCAUCAAUUAGCUCUAUCGCUGAUUUAGUGCCAAGAUUUCCUCUCUAUAAUUUGGCAAGAACAAUAUGUGAAAUACUCCACUGUGUCAUUUGCUGGAGCAUCUCUGAGGAGAUUUUUUUCAUAAUGUUGAAAAAUCUAGCAUUUUUAAACUUUAUCCUUUUAUAUACUUUCCCUUGGAGCAUUUAGAAAAACAUUUUCUACCUUGUAAAACUUGACCUACUGUGGAUUUGGUUUUCAUUAAACAUACAUUUGCACACAAACAAAGGAAAAUUCAAACAAUUAUAAGAAAAAGGAGUGCUUAAAUAAUUUUGUUUUAUUUUGAGUAGAAUAUUAAUAUGGUAACUUUAUAAAACAAAAAAGUAUUGACAUUUGGGAGCAAAUGAAGGAAAUAAUAGAAUAACUUUCAUGUCAUUAAUACUGUAUUAAAACUGAAACCUUGAAUCAUGAGUAAACUUACAUAUUAAGUUAUAGCUGUGAUUUAGUUAUUAUUUUACCAGCCCAUUAUCAUGAAAAAUACAAUCGGCAGUCCCUUAGUUAUUUAGAAUUUAUGGCUACCCUCUAAGACUUUAAAGAUCCUAAAACCUAGAAUCCAGUUAUUUCAUCUGUUUUCUGUAAUAUUUGCAUCUUUUGAGGCCUGAAAUUGCAGACCUGGGAAACUUCUGUUCUCCAUAAAGAUGAUAUUAAGCUCUUCAGGGAUUCCUAAUGGUGCUGAAGUGUAUAACCUUAAGACUUCAAGUGCCUUUGUAUUUUGUAAACAAUAGAAUCCAAAAUUUUUCUGCAGGUAUUCUGACAUUGUGGAAGAUUCUGUUUUCUUCAUGGUCUAGAGUCAAUAUACUACAGCAGGAACCUUUGUCUUCAGUCAGAGAUUGAGCGUUUGUGGACCCAGAUGAUCUGAACUAUAGUUGAGGUUGUUUCCAUUUAAGUACCAGUUCUUGAACCUUCAAGAGUAUUUGUUUACCAUGAGGGCUAAAAUCUUUAUUCUUUGUGAACUGGAAACUUCAAAAUCCUAUUCAUCCUGGAGAACUAAAGUUGAAAUUGCCUUUGUAAAAUCUGGGAUUGGACGUUUAGGUAGACUCCGCAAUCAUCUAUUAAUUUUAGUUAUAGACUUCAGUAGCCAAUGAAGUGCUGACUAGAAGUUUUUUGCCCUUCAUGUAAAAUAUCCAGAGACAUCUGCAAUCUGUGUUUUAAACCUUGAGCAUUAGAAAUCAAUACACUAUCAUUUUGUCAUUGGAAGCCUGGUCUUCUGCUCACCAAUACACUACUGUUUAUAUAUUUAUAGUUAGAAAACAUAAAAUAUCUUUUUCGUUUGUGCCAGGAGCUGGGCAAUCCUGAUUCUGGCAGGUCAUAGUGAUGUUUUGUUAUUCUGCUUUUUUUACCUGCUAUCAUUUAGGCUAUAUUUUACUUUUUUUGGAAAAUGAACAAAGUGAAUUUGAGAUGAUUGAAAUCCUUCAAACACAUUUUUUUCCAAAAUGCAAUUUCUAAAAAACCAUCUACUUAAUGAUGAGCAACACACUCAUACAGGUGAAAGUGGCACCAAUUCAGCUUAAUAGUUGAAGACUCUUGUUAUUUUGUCCAGUUAACUUCUGCUUAUUAAAAGUACAACAUUUAAAAUUCCUGACAAGAAAACGAUUUAAAGUAAAGCAAAAAUGGUAGAAAAUGACUUGAGCUUAGAAAGUCAUUGCAGCAGUACACAAUCAUCAGAAUUUCCUAAAAACGUUAGUCACUUUACUAAUUUCUAUGACUGCAGACAAGCCUCUAGAAUAAGUCAUUUGAUUGAACAAGGAGUUAUUAGUAAGACUGGUACUACAUUAAGAAACUGAUUGGCAGUACAGCCCUUCAGCCACAGGUUUGUCCUCGACUUUUAAUUUAAAAGAUCAACAUACUGUAAGUGUCCAUGUUUUUCUACACAUUACUAGUCUGUUACACUUUCCCCUGUGGCACCCUGUGAUUUUUCUAUAGUUGCACCACUUUUAAACCUCAUUCUAGUAACAGUGUAAAUUGAAGCACUCCUGCUUCUGGUAGGCAAAUUCUCUAGGUUUCCACAUUGAUACUUCAUUAUCCUCAGACUGGCUUUGUUUUUGAAAGAAAAAAAAAUGUGAGCAUCCUAAUUAUCUAUCCUAAAUUGUCACACUUGUCUUUUAAGCAUGAAGUCAAACCACUGUUUGAUGGAAGUUAAGUACUUUCGCUUGAGAAUUAGUAUUUACAGUAGACUACAACACACACAGUCAAGUUCUUUUUUGAGUACCUCCUUAAAUUGUGGUUAAUUAACUUCAUAAUUAAAAAAAGCAUUGUUCUCAAACUGCUGCCGACUUUCUUGUUGCAUUGUAUGAAUAAAUAAAAUGAGUAAAGGUACAUAAAAGCCAAGAAAGACAUGUAUAUUGGGUCAGAAAGUGUGCACAGUGUUUGUCAGAUCACAGUGCAGCUUCUCAAUCCUGGUGGUGCGUUGAUGACUCAGAAGGCAACUUUAUUUUACAAGUCAGUAAACAUCUAGCUGGUGGAGCUCCUUUGUCUUUUCCUGGGAUGUUUUCCGUGUAUCCUACUGUUAACAUUAUUUGACAGUGUUCCUAUUUUCCACUUCAUUUUUGUAAGGUGCACACUACCCUAAAAGAAAAGAAAAUUAGAAAUUCCUUUUUUCAUUUUCUAUUUCACUGAUGAACUAUUUUAACAUAUGCUGGUAAAUGAGGUAGAAGACUUUCUUGUUUCCAGAAUAUAGCAAAUGUCUCCACAUAAAGCAAUUAAGUGGAUUCUACUGGUACGUUCAUACGGUGCCCUCUUUAAGCCAAGGAGAGUACAUGCACUCUGGUACGUUGAGAGAUCCCUCGGCAAUGGUUUUUCCAGCAGGAGAUUAACCACAACCGGGAAGCCCGGUGACCCAGCAUAAUGAUGAAAGGAAUUAUAGUUGCAUAUGUAUCUGACAAGGCAUUCCUCACUAAGGUGGCAGAUUUACUUCUCAGGUUAUAAGUUAGGACAGCCUGCAGGAUGAUGCAGGUAUCAUACAGACUAACUAGCGCUAUGAGCACCAUGGAGGCAUUGAGCUCUUUCUCUAACCGUCCUCUGUUAUUCCCCUGCUUGUCAGAGAUGGCACGAAGGCGGUGUUGCAACAGAAACAAGAUGAUCCUACCAUUGAAAAUGCUCAUUAGAGUCGCAGAGAUGUACUGGAGUGCCAUCAGGUACAGGAUGCCAUAGGAGGAGACAAAGCCACUGCUACUGGCCACAAUGUCAGGUAGGGAGCACCUGCAGUCAUCUGUCAGAUUGACAUUCAAAGAUGGUGGGAUCAGCAUCAGGAAAGGGAUAUAGAGGAGUGCCCAGGCUAUCCAGUGCAUAACCAAGAGAAAAUGCACCUUUGAGGAGCUCUCUAGCUUAGACAGAAUCAUUGAUGACCAGCACAACCUCCUCAGUUUCAUGCAGCGGUACCAGCUGAGUGCCACGAGACACCACCCACUGACAUUCUGGCUAGUGUUCAUCACCAGGUUCACAGCCUUGCAAGUGUUGCUUGCUGGGUAGCAAAGUGGAUAUGCCAUUGGCACUAGCAAAGAGAAGAACCUCGACACAAGGUACAGCUUAUUCCCAUAAGACAUAUGUAGUAGCAAGAUUCUGGUCCCAUGUGUCCUGCCAAUGCUCCAUCUGGUGAUGAAAAUGACCAAGCUGUUGCCAACUAUUCCGAAACAAACAAAGAUGCCACACAAUGCAAGACUGUACAUUGUGUCUGAUGGAGAUGUGUUGUUUAGAGUUUAUAAGGAAAAAGGCAGAGGCCCACGAGAUGUCUGAGUCCUCUGAUUAUGACCAUUAAAGGGAUAAAGUGACUCAUUAUUUUGAGCUUACACAGCCAGGGUUUUGCACACGUCACGUUGUUUUAGUACAGAAGAACACAGAGCUGGAAGUUGGGAGACACUGUAUUAAAGCUUGGUGGCCUUAGCAACCAGUAGAUUAAGAGAAAUGGAGGUGCAGAUUAUCCACCUUGUAUAGGAAAUUGGUGUUCAUCCUUUGGUAGAAUUAAUAGAUACUUUCCUGGUUUUAUAAUUUAAAGAAGACCAAGUUCAGUUUAUUUUCACAUAUGAACAGUACAAUGAGAUUCUUUGUUGCAUGUCUUCCACAGACAGUAGUACAAUACAAACAUCUGACAAAGAACUUACCACCAUACAUAAAAUAAGAGUGUUGCCCAAACCGUUUUACAGCACUUUUCUAUUGUUAAUUAUUUUAGAGUUUGAACAUACCCUUGAGUUAGCUAGAUGUAUUUGUUAUACUCCUCAUUUCCAUCAACUUCAACAGCCUUUCAUCAAUGACAAACAAAAUCCCAUAUGCCUUUCUUGUACCAGUCUGAAACCGGCACUCACAAGCAUUUCUUUAAUAACCUUGUUACCACUCCCAAAGCUAUCUACACAUUUGACAUCUUAAGUCAUUCCAAAGAUGUAGAAGUAUGGAGAACGAGUCUGCAUUGCAGGGUUGAUGACAAAGAAUAGUACAUCUGGGUUUAAUGAUUACCCUCUUGUGCUAUCAAACUUGCUUGUGGUUGUCUGUUACUAAAGAAGAUUUCAGCGACACUUUUGAAAUUUUUGAAGUUUGAAUGUAUAGGGUGGUCCAAAUCUAAUUAUGCAAUUUUCAUUACGCUAUAACUUAUUACGUUUAUUACAUGGAAAAUCACCCGAACAAUCCCGGACCAUCGAGAAGUGUGCGAACUGACAACAUGAAGAAUCGUCUUCGUGCCAAAUCGUUUAAUCAUGUGGAAUAAUGUUUAUAAACGCCCCCAACAUCCCAAAACACUAUGGCCAUAGCUUUGCCAACCGAUGUCGUAUACUUGAUUUCUUCCAUGAAGAUGUCAGAUAAGUUUAUUCCAUUGUCUUUUGUUCUCUGGUGCAAAAUCGUAGGUCCAUGUCUCAUCUGAGACACAAAGUUUUCACCGUCAACCUUACGACACGAGAGUCAAUCCAAACACCUGUUUAUCUGCACAUUUUUGUGAGUGACCUUUGAAUUGCACGUGCGCCAGGAUACUGAUUUUUUCCAGCACUGCACUAAUAAGCUAAAAAUGUCAAAUUAACCAAAGAAUAACUUGCAGAUACGCUGAUUUUGACCCAAAUAUAAAAACGUUCUACAUUUUAUUGAUAAAUACUUGUUCAGACACAGGUUACAUAUCAUGUUGGCUGAUGCAGUUGCCAGUAUAGGUGGCUGUUGAAUAACUUUAUGAUCUUUUCAUAAAAACUGUCCUAGGAUCCAGUAAUGUGAGUGCUCCUCUUCUACUUGCCAGAAUGUAGGAGGGGGAAAAGUGAACAGUAUGGAUGAGGUCUUUGGUGAAGCAGGUUUCCAUUCCAGAGCAGCACGUGUGGUAUAUUUGAUAUAAAAGUAGAAGGCCGAAAUUUGACCAAUUCAUGAACUGGGUCUUCCAUUGGAUUUUUGGAGUACUAGGUUUGAUUGUGAUUGAGAUGGGAUUCAUUAAUAUGAUUAAAAAUCUAUAUUCGUAACCUUCAGUAUUCUAUUUACCAAGCCUUUUGCAUUUAUAAAGGGGGUAAGGAAGGUUGUUUUUAAUGCUCUUUUACACUUUAAUCUCUGACUUUUGCCUUUAGCCAUUGUCUGGAUGAGAUCUGUCCCUUUAACAUAUAGGAUGUCUCUCAAAAUAUCUCAUUGUAAUCAAUGAUGUCCUGCUUUUUCUUGAUGACACCCUCUCAGGUAACCCCCAACAUCUUUUUCCUUUUUAGCUCCCAUGAGACUGUGUCUGGUUAUAAAAUUAAUUUAUCUGAUUAUGGGAAACUAUUUUAUAAAAUAUCUGGGCAAGAUGUUUUUUUUUCCAUCAGCCUGGCCUCCGACUUUGUGAUUGAUUAAAACUAUCACUUGAAUUCUAUCAGAGGGCUGCUUUCAUUGCAAAAUUAAUUGAAAGAUUAGUUUCUAUAGUACUGAUGGCUCUGUUUUAACAUUUGGAAAAUUCGGUUAGAUCAAUGAUUUUAAAAGGUUGGCAGAGCCAGUCAAUUCAUUAAGUGAUGCAGGUGGCUGCCUAGGGCACCGUCACUCAAGGGGUACUGUUUAUGAAAGUUAAGGAGCGUGCAAUCUGAACAGCAAGAGGCACCAUUUAUUUAACCCAAGUGGCCCCGACCACACAAUUCACAUGGAGUAGUUUUGAUAGCUCAAGGGCCAUGUGGUCUGGACACCCUCAGACCUCAAAGUGUAAUAAUACCGAAGGCGCACUAUGGAUACAGUGGGGCAUCAUUUAUGUAAUUCAAGCAGCAUGUGCUCAGGACAACGAGUGGGACAACCUGCCUUGGUCUCCAUAUGGGCUUUGACCGACACUGGAGGAGCUGCGAGGCCCUGGCCAUCUACCUUUGCUGGCAGAGUCAACUUUAGCCUUUGAAAGAAGAGCAUCUAGUAGGAGAGCCAAGCUUUUAGGCAAUAAUUAUACUGAGACGAAGAAGGUCUAGAAUUUCCCAAAACUAAACGAGUAAAAUUCAAACAAAUAAUUGUUGAUCUCAGUAGGAUCCCAAAUUAGUUUUGAUAGCAAAAAUGGAGACAAACAAACUGCAUCUUCUAAACCUAAGAGCCAGUAAUUUACUGGGUUAUGCUCCCAACACAUUAUUUUGUGCCCACAUGUAGCUGAUGUAAAUUCAGCCCAUUAAAGAAGCAAAGAAUUUAAUUUGAACCUGGUGUGCGGUCCGUGCCAUCUAAAGGUCCAAGACACCACUUAAGUCAUGUCAUUUUUCUCACCCACUCUGGACCAGAGUCGCCUGGGGUGCUAGAGCCUCACCCAGCUAGCAUAGGGUGAACAGGACGCCAGUCCAUCGCAGCAUAUCUCAAGGGCUGUUUCAAGAGGUGCCUAACUGCUGAUGACUACUGCUUUUUAACAAGCCCCGAAAAAUGCAGGAUCAUCCACAGAGCCAGAGUUAAGUGAAACAAAUUGAUUUAGUUUAGAGAUCAUUUUUUGACAGAAAUUCAGUUAAUUCUCCAGAUGAAAGCAACAAAAAUAAAAUAUCGCUAGAUAUUUUUACACUUGUUUAUAAACAAGAAUGUGGUUCUUAAUUUAGAAUUAAACCAACCUUGGUAAUGUUACCAGCCUUGAAGUUCAUAAAUCAUUUUCUCAAAAAUCCUUGUCUCUUAAUAAGCAAGUUAUGUGUUUCUCAGCUUUCCAUGUUGUUGUUAUGAUUUACAUUAGCAAGGUGUUUAGUUGUUAUAAACCAGCUUCAUCUCCUGUGGAUCCCAUACCUCCAUCACUUAUAACACAAUGUGUGCCUGCAUUAUCAUGACCUUAGUUAAUAGUUUCCUUGGACGUUUGACCUUCUGUUUUGCACACUGCUGCUCUUAGGCCUAUUUUAAACAAAGUCGGUCCAAACCCUGAUUGUUUAUCUGUUUACAAGCCCAUUUCUCAACUUCCCCUUAUUUCCAAAGUCCUGGAAUGUGCUGUGGUUGAACAUCACUAGGGUGAUAUGCACUUAAAUGCCACUUUUGAACAACUCCAGUUUGGAUUUCCCUCGGGCUCAGAGGGAAUGAUGGCUACCGAUAUGCUGAUGACUUGAGGGCGCUGAGGCUGUGAACAUACAAGCUUUAUCAGACGUCAGUGCUGCUUUUGAUACAGGUUGUCAUGCAAUUUGACCAGAAUGUUUGGAGUCGCUUGUGUGUAUUGGGUGCACUUUUCUAUUAUGGUUUAGGUCAUUUUGUCAGUCACGCAACAGUUUGUUGUACAAGGACCACAUGUAUCUCCUGGCAGUGCCAUAAGGCGCGUUCUGGGGCCUCUAAUGUUUACUGUUAUAUCUGUUUGCUUUCUUUAAGCCAUUUUCUUUGUGAAUGUAACCUGGGUUAUCAUUGCCAUGCUGAUCACACUUAGAUCUAUGUGAAAAUAUCCACAUUCCUUCCACCACUACUUGCGUGGUGUGAUGUCAAGUCAUGGCUGCCAUUUAAUAUUUUUUAAUUUGACAGUAAAACAACUGAAAUGCUAACAGCAAAUAAAUCUCUGUUGUCUAAGAUGGAUUAUUUUACAUUAAGAGUUGUUGGUGUUUCCGUCCAGGCUUCAGCUGUAUUUAGAAGUUCAACUUUUACAUUUAAUUCUUCUUUUCCAUUUGUUCCACACGUUAAUAAUUUAAUGAAAACUUCCUUUUAUCAUCUAAGGAAUUUAGCCCGACUUCAACCAUCUUUAUCCUUGGCAUAUGGUGAACAUUAAGCCCAAGCUUUUUUUGACAUCUAGGCCGGACUAUUGUAAUGGCUUAUUAUACAGUCUUCCGAUGUUUGUUCUUCUAAGCGAACUGUACACAAUAUUCAGGACUCUGCUGCUAGGGUUCACUUCCACCAAACCCUGGGAACAUGUUACGACAACUUUGAAGGAACUGCAUUGGCUACCGAUUGAAUCGCGCAUUCACCAUAAAGUACUCACAAAGCCUUGAGCUCUCUGACCAUCUACACCUGUAUGGUCCCACUGGCCAACUCUGAUCAUCUGGUUGGUCAUCUACGUAACUAUGGGUGGUACAGCCUGCUGUGUCUUGGCUCCAAACUUGUGGAAAGCUAGGCAAUCAAGUCACUACAUAAAACAAGUUGUUUAAUGAUCUUAUACUGCUAUCUUUUAUGUAAUUUUACCUAGUUUUGUUUUGCUUUGUACUGCAUUCUUGAGCUAUGAAAGGCUUGCUAUAAAUCAAAUGUUUUAUUACUUUUAUUAUUUUUUAUGAUUGUAGAGAGAUAACAGAGCCAAACAAGGCAUUUAUGACACAGAAGGCAAGCAACCAGCACAUAAAAAUGCUCUUAAGCCUAGAAUAAUGACAGAGCAAAAAGUGUGUUGCUUGGCUGAGGGACCUAUUAAUUGAGAAAAGCCAACCAAAUUUAAAUUGGAAGUAAACUUGUAAAAGGAAGCAGAAUAAGGGAUACACUGAUAGAUGGGAUGGGUAAUUUUAUCUAAUAGAGGAUUCCUACAGAAAUGUACACCAAAUGGCAAGAAUUAUUUGAAAGUCUUCAAAAUUUGUCAGGAAUGAAGACUGAUAAGAGGUCCACUGCUCUCCACAAGCAAAGAGUAAAAUCUGUUGGGGUUGUAUGCUUUAAUUUCCAAGAACUACCCCCAGAAUGUUACAUAUUUUGGAUGUUGUUUCAUUUCUGGCCAUCACAUUGUAUUCUGGGGUUAUGGUAGCUUGUUAUAUCGCUAGGAGGUGUGAUCCCAUGGGUCACUGCAGUGAUGGGGUUUGGAAGUUGUCCAAUUCUCAACUCGUAACUUCUGAUCAACACAAUUUCUCCACUAUUUUCAAGCUAGAAACGUUUGUAAACGGAAUAUGCUCAAUUCUCCUUAUCUUGCAUCGAUUUCUAUUCCAGAAGAAAUUUUGAUCAGUCUUAAUCAAAAAGACUCGUAUAGCAUCUCCACAAUUUAUAAAAACCUUUUAAAGUCCCUUCCUUUCAAAGAUCUUGGGAUACAAUUGGGAAAGAAUCUUUCACUUAACAUUUCAGAAAAGGAGUGGAAGGCAGCCAUGCACAGAAUUCACUCGAGCUCCAUAUGUGCAAAGCAUUCAAUCAUCCAACUGAAAGUUUUUUAUCAAGUGCAUUUAACUUGUUUAAAUCUAUCCAAAAUGUUUCCAGGGCGAGAUUCAACCUGUCCAUCAAGCAAUCGAGCCCCAGCCUCACUGGACCACAUCUUCUGGGCAGGCACCAAAUUAACAUUGUUUUCUGACAAAAAAUCUUUGCAUGCCUGUCAGAUAGCCUUGGUGUCACAGUCGCUCCUAAUCCACUAACAACUGUGCUUGGUGGGCAAAAAUGGGCUGAAAGUGGAGUAGGACAAACAAGCUUGUAACUACCUUUACUACACUACAAGCAUGUAGAUUUAAUCUUGGAAGAAUCCUACCCCACUUCUUUUUUUGUCAGUGGGUAACUUAUAUUACUUACUUUGUGGUGUUGGAAAUAAAAAAAAA